AUGGCUGCCUCAACCACCAUCCGACCACAUUCAUCCAGCUGCUCCAGGUCCUCGACUCCCUGGCUGUCUCCAGAGGCACCUGCCGCAACUUGGCGUCACUCGUAUGUCGACCCUACGGACCUUAGUCGACGUACCAGCACCGCUUCCACCCACCAGCAAGCGGCUGUCUCCACCAACACGGCUACCGAACAAUCCUCGUUGUCGUCGUCGUCGUCGAUGUCGUCAUCCUCUCGCGAUUCUCACUCGCAAGAAUGGUGGGAGCACGUCUUGCCACCAGGUCAACUGGCAGAGCGACUGCGCAAAGCACAACGCUCCACCAGCGCCUCUCGUCGACGCAACAAUCCUGCUCUCGCCAACGCCACUCCCUCGGAGCGCAGCGCAUGGAAGAGACUCUCUGGUAUCCCUACCGAGACGCACCAGCACGACCGGUCCGAGCCCUCCACUGCCGCAUCUAGCCCCAGGUCAUCCUUUAACGGCGGCGUUUCGCCAGCAGCAGCCACGUUACCUCGCUCAGCUCUGAGGUCUAGCCACCGCUCUCACGAUGCCGCCAGUAUCAGCUUUGGCAACCCAAGCCAGUCAGAGUCCAGCGCCGAAGUGUCGAGCGACGAGAUUGGUAGCGCCCCGAGUCGUCAACAUAUGCCACACCAUCAGGCUCGCUUUGCAUUUCCGACUGGUGAACGCGACUCGGCACCAACAUCGAGACGAUCGGGUGUCAAGACCACCGGCAACAGCCCCGAGUUGGCCUCCUCGUCGACAUGGGCUGCGGACUCAUUCGAUCCUAGCCGAUCCAUUUCUCGAAGCUCGGGAGGGCGAAGGAAGCGCGUGAUGAGUGAAGACGGCAUCGCUUCUUCCUUUUUCGCCUCCACUCAGUCGUCGUUGUCGUCGUCGUCCUCUUCUUCGUACCGCCUGCCAGGGUCGCAUUCUGCAGUAUACCUCAGCCAGCUCGCUUCGAACAGCAGCGAUACCAGUACAACAUGGACAAGCACCGUUGCCGACCGCGUCAGGUCCAAGUAUGCGCACCAUUCUCUCCCUGAUAAUACCCCGGAACUCAGUUCAGACGAUGGCGGCGCAAAUGUGACGACCUUUAGCACCACCACUACAGCUCAGCGAGUUCGCAAGACCAGCACCACAAAGACGACUGUGAGGGCCUCUUCUUCGGCUUCGUCGUCCAAGACUGCGUCGCCUCCGACCGAUCUUCGAUCGCACUUUGACCGACCGGACCAGCCAACCUCCACCAUUGCAUCUGACAAUCUUGAUAAAUACCUCCCCCAUGUCGACCGACGCGAUCGGCAUGUCAGCUUUGAUCAAGCUACCGAGAUUCCGAGGCGGGCCAGCGUCCAAGAUUGGAGCGAGCCAAUUACGUCGAGCCAGUCAGCUUUUUCUUUUGGCAGCCUUCCCAGCCGUGACUUUAACAGUCCCUUUGACUCGUUGCCGCCUCGAUCCAACAGCACCAGACGGCCACGACAGGGCGUGCGCACCAGUGGACGUCGCACCACCAGCUUUUCUCUCCCCGGCAGCCGUCGUGGAUCCAUUCGCGGAGACUCGCCUUUCCAUCACAGUGGAGCGACCGCAGACGCAGCGGCUGCAGCGCAACACCCCGCCACGCACCAUCGACGUGUGGGCUCGAUCCCCGAUGUGGUGUUGCUGGAAAGCUUGAAUGUGGCACAGAAGCAGCUCGCUUCGGCGGGCAACCUUGCGCUCACGCUGACACGCCAAUUGUCUGCACCGCUGCGACCCGUCUUCCAUAUGACGCUGUUCCUGAGCAUUUCGAGCAUCACUGUGCUGUCGCUCGCGUGCUUUUUGUGUGCCAGCUACAUGCUGACGGCUUGGGACGAUGUCAGUAAACGAACGCAAAAAGUGGGAGAGGUGGCUGGGAGGACCAAGUACAGAUUUGAGAGGACAUUGGACUGGGGGUUGCGCAUGUUGGGACCGACGGAGGCGUCGACGUCGCGCAGCGAUGUGGAGGACGGCAAGUCGUCUUCGGCGGGCAAGGCAAAAGUUUCGGGAGAAGAUGCGGGUGCGACGGCGGCUUCGUCUGGAGCGGCGUCCAGCAAGACUGGAGCGAGGGAGAAGCGACGUGGGCCUGUGCUUGCGGCGGGACAUGCUUUGUUCUGGCCUGCGCGCGUGGCGUUCUCGGGAGCUAGCGUGGUGGCAAGCACCUUCACACCUCCGGCGGUUUCCGGCAUGUUCUCCUCGUCCGGUAAGGAGAGGCCAGCGCAAGCUAAAGGGAAAACGAGGAGCGGCGGGGGGUCAACGUUACCUCCUCGACCACCGCUGUCGACGCUGCUCCCAUCGAUCCUAUUCACACUUCUGCUUGCGAUCGGUGCCGGGCUGACGAGCUUCUUGGCAUCCCGUCGGGCGGCUACUGAGGCUGCAUCAGCCGCAGCUACUGGUGGACGCAUGCCUGACACUUCAAGUGCACGACCAUACUCUGUGCCUUUGUCCGGCUCGCCUUCUCCCCAUUUGGCCCACGGCGAUAUGCCGUGGGGGCAUUUCAGUGCGCCUUCCACCAGCGCAUCCUCGCCGAGUGCUUCGCCGUUCGUCGGGUCGAGAAGGACGAACGCUGGGUGGGACAAGGACGCGGUCGGGGGUCAGAGGAGGGCGUUUGGCACUGCGGGUUUGGACGCAGGCGCAUUUGGAAGGUGA